CGCUUACCAACACAGUGGACAAGACGUCAACCUGGCUAACAGAAUAAAACAACAAACACUGUAUAAACAGUUGGCAGCUAGCUUUUAGACGUAUAAAGAGUGGCCAAGAGGCAUAAUGAAAACGUAAAAUCAUUUCCACCCGGCUGCUGACUCAGGCGAACGCUGAAGCAAUCCAUUAAGCUACUUAGAUAACGUCAACUGGCCAACUUUGCAAAGAGAAAAACAAUAAAAGCUACAAUACUAAAAGUGGAAACAUAUGGCACGGUCCCCGCGUCCGUAAAAUUGUAGAUAACGGGCUAAGAGACUCUCCCGGCUGCUGCCUUGUACAUGUACAUCGCAAUAAUUGUUUCCGUCGCCCGUCGGGCGUACAUGCAUGUUAUCUAGAUAAUGGUUGGCCCCAAGUAUGAACGCCUCAACACCGGCGACGUCGACGUUGGCAGCGACGCCGAUGCCGAAAACAACAUUGAAGAGGUCGAACUAAGUCACGACUUGACUCACAAAAAUGCUAGCGCUAGUCAAGAGCGCCGACAGCUGUCGUCGCACGCUAACUUUAAAUACGCGCAGAGCAACAGCAGCGACAACGGGAAUAACGGCAGCGACGCCACGUCUGCACCGCAGCAGUACACGCACGACGGAAUGACACGGCAUGCGGAUGCGCGGUUCAUGCAGAUGGCCAUUGGGACGCUGGCCACAAUACUGCUAUAUCUAUCGCUGUCCAUAACGCUCACCUUCUAUCAGACGGACAUCAAUCGGGAGCUGCCCUUUCCGCUCACCAUUGUCACGUAUCAUUUAAUAUUGAAGUUUAUGCUGGCUGCACUGGUGCGCAGCAUCUAUAAGAUGCGUGUGGGCAAGACGCGCGUCCAGCUGGACUGGCGGGUGGCUGUGCGGAAAAUGGCGCCAACGGGCGUUGCCAGCGGCAUUGAUAUUGGUUUCUCCAAUUGGGGCCUUGCACUGGUGCCUAUAUCGUUGUAUACUAUGACCAAAUCCUCGACCAUUGUCUUUAUACUGCUCUUUGCCAUCUUGCUGGGACUGGAGCGCAAGAGCUGGUCUUUAGUGCUCAUAGUGGGUCUAAUAGGCCUAGGCCUGUUUAUGUUUACCUACAAGUCGACUCAGUUUAAUACGCUGGGCUUCUUCUUCAUACUGUUUGCCUCGCUGAGCAGCGGUCUGCGCUGGAGUUUUGCGCAGUUUAUUAUGCAAAAAUCCAAGCUGGGUCUGCACAAUCCCAUUGACAUGAUAUACCAUAUGCAGCCCUGGAUGAUUGCAUCGCUGUUGCCGCUAGUAUUGUUCAUUGAAGGACCUAAGCUCUAUAAAGUGCUAGAAAAUCUGCAUAAUGUCUCCGAGGCGGAUGUUAUUUGGACGCUUGCCCGCAUUACACUCGGCGCAUUUAUAGCAUUUUUCAUGGAGGUCAGCGAAUUUCUAGUGCUCUGCAAAACAUCCAGCCUGACGCUGUCCAUAGCGGGCAUUUUCAAGGAUAUUUGCCAGCUGGCUCUAGCUGUGGCGCUCAAAGGCGACCAGCUCAGUCCCAUCAACCUGGUCGGCCUGGCGGUCUGUCUGGCAGGCAUCGCCUGUCACCUGCUGCACAAAUAUUCCAGCAUGGCGAAGCUAAACAAGCAACAGCUGGCGCUGCAACUUGAAGACGAUGGCGAGGACAUGUGCGCUGAGUACGACUUCAACAAAGGUAAUGUGAUUGUUGGCGUUCAUGGUAAUUCAGCUGGCACUCAUGCAACACUCACUGCGCCGCUUCUGGAACAAACCGACUCGGAGGAUGAGUCGGCUGCUGAUUCUGCAAACAAGCAAAACGCAUCGGAUGUCAUUUUCGAUGUGCUCAAACGGCGCGACAUGCAGCGAUGAGUUGGUUGAUUUAAGUUUCCUGCACCAACGCAACGUUUAUUUUUUUUCCUAUUGUUUCAAGGUUUCUGGGUAAUACCCGGACAAUUGUGAUUGCGGGUGUGAGUGUGCGUGGGGGUGUGGCAGCUGUCAGCAUGUUGACACUCUUGUAAAUGUUGUAAAUUCGAAAGUUUUCUACUUAGCGCAACAAUUUAUCUACAUCCGUGUUAUAACCAUAUGUAAAUUAAUCGAUGUCAGCUUAUUUACACUUAUAUACCCUUGCAGAUGAUAUACUUUUGUAUAUACAUGACUAUUCUAUCGAUCAUCUGACUAGAUCAGUUUGUCUGUUUGUUUCUAUUCGGUUGAAAGGCCCAUAAUUGUAAUGCGAUAUAAUUUUGUUAUUCCGGCUAGAUUCGGAACGCCAUAUGCGUUGCCAUAAGAACAAAUGUUCGAUGGAAAUAAUUAAUCCAAUGCCAAGUCUACUCUAUAGCUAUGUCUGCAAGGGUAAUUGAAUUCGGUGUGCCGGAAAUUGAUUUUAAUAUUCCAACAUUCCCCGAAGUCAUUUAUAUUAGCUUUGACUUAGUUAAAUAAUGAAAUAGAAUUAUGAUUUAGUUGUUAAUUAUAAUGUUAAUUGGGCAUUUGUGCAUAUUUUUCCAGAUAUCUUAGUUUUUAGCUAAACAAAAAUAUUUGCUGAAAGUAAUCCCCACUACUAUAUGCCAAUAUUAACCCAAUGAACUGGCAACUACUAUACUUUUUAUAAUUAUGAUUUUACAAAAUGCAAAGAACACUUUUAAGGCUCUUUAUCAAAAUGUAUUUUAAAAAUUUGAACUUCCAGAGUUCUUAAUAAACUUGUAAAUGUAUCAAUUA